UACUGCACCAGGGCUGAGGGACUCUUCGUCCCAUUGUUUCGCUUGCUGCAGAAUUAGCACAGUUCCAUCUGCGUAGUCAUCAUUUUUUUCAGUUGCUUUGUACAUUCUGCAUUUAGGACCAUUGUUGUCUUUGUGCCUGAUACAACGGAUUUACAUUUGAGGAAAAUUGCUCAUCCUGAUCCCGAAUUACAAGGAAUAUUUUGCAGAGGACAAUACCGAAAUCUGGGACUGAGACUUUUCUUUUCAAUCUUUUUCCUUUUUUUUUUUUUUUAAUGCUGCUAGAGCGGAUUUCCCUUUUGUUGCGCAGCAAUUUUUUUUUUUCUUUACAGCGACAGACAUAUCAAGAGAAAAGAGUUAAAGGCAAGGCUGGACAGAGCCCCACCAAUCCUCCACAACAGAAUGCUUUGCAUUAAAAGGCAAAGGCAAGUUACAAAAUCUGUUGUCACAAGAGGCACUGGGGGGGCGGAAAUGGGCCAGUUCCCCCAUUUGACGUGCUUCUGAAUACCAACACAAGAAUGCAAGAGAAGAGUUGAAAGAGAUGAAAAAAGUGGUCGGUGGAUUGUCCCUAGUCUCUCGCUGUGUGCCGCUGGAUUGCUGAGGAGUCCAAGUGAGUGGAGCGCUGAGUUAUUCAGCCGGCCCCUCGUAGCUCCUAGAGAGUCCUUUCACCUGCCUGCAUGGGAGUCUGACAUUUCAGUUCUUCAACAGACCCUACGACCUUUUUUAUGCACCUGUUGUCCUCAAGAGCUUGAAGAGGAAAUUUUGCACUCUUGGAUUCAUGCAUCGAGGGAAAUGUUUGCAGCACUACUCGUGUGAAAAGACAUUGUACAGUACUUUGGACUUGCUCUUUCUUUUUGUUAAUCCUUUUUUUAAAAAAAUUGAUUGCACAUGGUUGCCUUGAUACGCUCAACAGCCCGUUUGUGCUGAGAGAAUUGUGACAUUAUCUCCUGCGGAGAUCCCAAUGUUUUUUUUAGCCUCUGUCUGUGUUUUGACUCUCACAAUGGUUAGGCAUACAUGAGCUCCAGACAGUGACAAGAGGACCACCAAAAUAAGGGAAGCUUGCUGUUGAAUUACAAAACACAGCAUCACCAGAAUACAGUGCCACUUGUCCGUUUACUGAAGACGUGAUCGACACACGAUUGUUACUCUUCUAGCUCCUAGAUUCCCUAGUAGAGAGGAUUUCCUCUCUGAAAGAAAUUCCUGUGUCAAUUGCGAAGGCAACUCCAAUCAGCAAAUAUGAUCUAAUCACUUUUGAUGAAACGGGGAGCCAAAUGAAACCAAUAUGUUGCUUACCUAUUUAAUUUCUUCCGGGAAUCGAUUCAUAGCGGCAAACAUUUUGUUUGACACAUUAAGCUCUUCAUUCAUAAGGUUUCUUCCCUCGCAACCUCUUUCAUCUGCAUCUUUGUGAAAACAGUUUAUGCCUUCGUCCUCUUGGUGUUAGCUCUUUUAAAAUGGGCGAUAAAGGCCCCAUGCUGGCAAGCAAAGCAGCAUGAAUCUCACCUUUACGACAGAUGCUCACUUCAGCUGUAAUUCUACACUGCCCCCCACUCCCCCUCGCUACUCUUAAAUGCAACCUCGCUUUUUCAUGAACCAUGCUGUGCCGGUGGAAAAGCAGGACCUCGUCCUAUCCCUCCAAAAGCCCCAAGGAUUUUGCUCCUGUCGGUGUUCCCUUGAUUGAGACUCAUCAAUGUGAUAGUCAGGUAAAAGAGAGCAAGGGUAGCGUAUUAAGCUCGAUUAAGUGAAGGUGGCUACAGGGACGUGGAACAGUGGGAGAGGAGUAGGCAAUUUGCAGUUUCAUGCUAUUGCCUUGUGGAAGUUGUACCAUAAACUCGGGUCCAACUCGGAACAAUGAAUCUGUCUGACAUGCCGACUGACCCGAUGCUCACACCAAAUAGCAGCAGCAGUGGAGAGGUAUUUUCCGGCAGUGCUUCGAACCACUCGUGUCCUUUAGGCUGGGGCUUAAAAGAAGGUUUGGAGGCUUGCAUCCUGGAGACCGCUGUUGUCGUCCUCCUGACAGUGCUCAUCAUUGUCGGCAACUUGACGGUGAUCUUCGUAUUCCACUGCGCGCCACUGCUCCAUCACUACAACACCAGCUACUUUAUCCAGACCAUGGCCUACGCAGACCUUCUGGUUGGUCUCAGCUGCCUGGUGCCCACUCUGUCUCUGCUCCACUACCCUACAAGCGUCCAGGAGCCGAUCACCUGUCAGGUCUUCAGCUACGUCAUCUCCGUUCUCAAAAGUGUUUCAAUGGCUUGUUUGGCCUGUAUCAGUGUGGACCGCUAUCUGGCUAUCACGAAACCGCUGUCAUACAACCAGCUGGUGACACCGUGCCGUCUGCGGGUCUGCAUCACCCUCAUAUGGGUUUACUCCAGCCUGGUCUUCUUGCCCUCUUUCUUUGGCUGGGGCAAGCCAGGCUAUCACGGGGACAUUUUUGAGUGGUGUGCACAGUCUUGGCCUACCUCAGCCCUCUUUACAGGUUUUGUGGUCUGCCUGCUGUAUGCACCUGCUGCACUUGUGGUCUGCUUUACCUACUACCACAUAUUUCGCAUUUGCCAGCAGCACAACAGGGAGAUCAGUGAACGCCGGGCACGAUUUCCAAGCCAAGAGAUGGAAACUGUUGAUGGGGACAGAGAUGGACAUCAAGGAGGACAGGGACCGGAUCGGCGCUACGCGAUGGUGCUCUUCCGUAUCACAAGCGUGUUCUAUAUGCUCUGGCUACCCUACAUCAUAUACUUUGUUUUGGAAAGCUCCCAUGUCCUGGACAGCCCAGCCCUUUCCUUCAUUACCACUUGGCUAGCAAUUAGCAACAGUUUUUGCAACUGCGUCAUCUACAGCUUGUCCAAUAGCGUGUUUCGCUUGGGCAUGCGCAGGCUCUCACAGACAAUUUGCUCCUUCAGUCACUGUGCUGCUGAUGACAGGGACUUUGGGAAACCUAAACCACGGAAAAGGGCAAACUCCUGCUCCAUCUGAAUGUGGGAUUUUGUUCAAUACAAGGACGCUCUGUGGACAUUGACCACUACAUACAGUGCAUCUUUAUGAAAUAGAAAUAGUAAAAACAAAACAGAAAAAUUGAAGUUCUUACUUUUGGGCCAUGAUCCCAUUUAAAAUUUGCAAGUGUGAUUUAUUUGCAUAAAUGAAUCAUUUUUUUUAAGCAGAGUCACAUUGAGAAUGCUUUCACUCUAGACCGCACAACACAGCUGUUUGACAUUGAGCCUGUCCAUCUCACUGUUAUGUUUCUCUGCAAAUGUCAAGGUGUCAUAUAUUUGGAAUUACACCAAAAUGACAUUUUGAGGAAAUCGGGCGAGCAAAAUAUAUUUCCAAAACGUCAACCCCCAAACUUGUUUGGAUGUUGUCGAUGGCCUUUGAUUUGUUGACAGCCAUAAUGCUUUCUUUAGGUUUUAGAAAGUGAGCAAGCCUUGCCAGCUAACUGGAAUGUGAAACUGUCGACUUAGUAUGGGCAAUAAAGCAGUUGGUGAUUUUGAAACAGCAGUGUUGACCUGUACAGUCAGGUGCAGCUGAAAUUUGUAAUUUUCAAAUUUUGUGGAGGGAAAAAAAAAAUCACAUUUCAUCAUGUUUUUGUUGAUAUACAGUAUGUGGCUAUUACAAAAUUAUUUUACACAGCAAAUUAAAUGCUGAAAUGUACACUGAUCUUAUGCAGAGCUGCUUUCAACUCUUACAUGACAGCUGCCACAGCACUGAAUUCACAUUCUUACCAAUUACAUAUAAUUUUCAGAUCGACAAAUACGAAAACAAAUUUUUAUUUGGCGGCACUACCUGCAGGAUAUUUUGUAGCAUGGAAACGCAUCUGAAUAUGCAAUAGAUAUUCUGAAAUACCUUUACAAUACGCAAUCCCAACAAGGUGAUUAGAUAAGCACCUCAAUCCUGAUAUAUAUGGUAUACACACAUCUAUAUAUCUAUAUCUACACAUCUAUAUAUGUUGAGAUAUAGAUGUAUAGAUAUAGAUAUAUAGUUAUGAUUCUCACAAGUGCAUUCUACAACAAAGUGUUCAAUAUAUUCUUAUCUUUAGGUCCGUGACUGAAGAUGGACAUUCAACUAAAAAUUCAAUUGAUGGGGCAAAUGACUGUCGAGUUUUGUAAUAUUUUUAAUAGCUUGAGAUGUUUUCCCUUGAAAAAAACAUAUUCCUAAGCAAUAUUUCUCUUGGCACUAAAACAUUGAAAUCCAUCCGUUGAAAGCACUCUUGAGCGAUCACUUGUGACCUCAUUGCAGAAACACUGAAAUGUCUGUCGGAAAAAAACAAAAUAGUGAAUGCAUACUGCGGACGGAAUGGUAACUGAUUCUGAGAGCCCAACUGAAACAUCGUUUUCGAAAGCACAAAUAAGCUGUCGUAAAAUAGACUCUAGCCACAUGAUCAUUGUUGAGAAAUAUGACAACAUUGUCAACAUUUGAGCACAGUGACAAUUCCUCCCAUCGUGCAGAUGCUCUACAUGUGCGCCAUUUUGGCUUUCAGACAAAUACAUAUUGUAUGCUAUCUCAAUAUUGUCUACGUUGAAAUGGUCCCGCGCCAAAAUUGACUCUUCUGCCCAUCUUUUAGUUCUGGUUGCUGAAAUUUAUUUUUUCCCCUAUUUUAACUUUUAUGUAAGUUCAGCGUAUAAUUUCCAAUCCGUAGCUUCAAUUUUUUUUUAACACUACAUUUCAGAUCUCUGUCAUGCACGUAUUGCGAAAAUCCUCUCUACUCAAGUAGAUUUUGGUGCGACUCACACUUCAUUAAGUCCCUAAAGUAAGAUUUGUGUAGCCCAGUCAUGGAACACAAUUCACUCCAAAUUAUGAAUACUUUGUUGACUACAAUCAAACAACAUCAACCUCCUUUUGUUUAGCACGGCAUCAUAAUUUUUUUUGGUAAAACAUGUUACUCUUAAUGUUGCUUUGCUCAAUUUCACCCAAAACUUUUGUAUUUGACGAGACCGAAAUGGUAUCCCAAUUUUUGAAAAUGUUUAUUCUUCGAACAUUUAUUUCCAAGGCCAUGACGAUACUGUUAACUUCAGACUGAUGGAUUUAUACAAAAUAUACAAAAUCUGUUUUUACUGAUUAGUUCGAUAUUAAUAGCAUAGCAUAGUUCGCAAAAUCUGAAAUCAUCUGAAAAUAUGUGGCUUGCUAGCUCCAGACUCUAAAUUUACGCGGGCUAAGCAAUAGUGCAAACCCUACUUAGUCAAGGAGUUUCAAGUUUCUGUCGUUCCUUUAUCUCGGUUGGUCUUGUGCCUUCAAGUGGGAACGUGUUCAACUGUCUGAUGUCAGAAUCGUAUCUUUCAAAUGAUAACCUUUGUCUAGAUUUUGUGGCAUUGGCAACAUGGCAUUGAUAAGAAAUGUCAGUUGAUAAACACAGAAUAGUUGCGUUCAAUGCUGUCUGCUCUGUUCAUUCGAUACGUUGUGCUCUUUCUCCGGUGGUAGUGCUAUGCCAUAGAUAUCCAAUGUAUGGGGCCUGAAUUUUUGCAUACUGUUAUGGGAACAACACAGCAACUAUAGUGCUAAACCUUUAUGACUUAGUUGUUACCAAACAUGGUCAAAUUUGAAAUGUGAUUGUCCGAGUGGAUUUACAGUAUUUGGUCAGAAGUUUCACAAAUAAUUCUUGUUUUGUUGUGAGUUUUAGAGGGUGACGUGAAUUUAUUUUGAAUGUGUUUUAGGCUGAUAGUUUGAAAUAUUCAGGGGCCAUUGAAUUCAUGGGUUCAAAAAAAAUAAAGAUUCAAGGCUCAAUGGAAAUCAAUACAGUUUCAAGCGCAGUAAAAUUUGGGAUUUGAUGAUGUUCAAUAUUUAUUUCAUGAGAAUACUGUGUAUAAACCUUUACAUGUAAAUUACUGUACUAAGUGUGGGUAUUUCAAACUUGUACAGCACAAAAAAAAGAAAAGCUGUACCUAUGGUGUUAAAUGAGUAGGCUUCUAAUGUUUUGACUGUAGGAAGCAGUGUGAUGUUAGCACAGUAUCUAUUUUUUUAUUUUGGAAAAUUUGCCAAAGGCCUUGGUUUUGCUGUUGCUGCCAACCAAAUAAAGGUGACGAUAACAGUAA